AUGCCUUCUAACAACAAUUUCUCUCUAAUUUCACUUCUUUCCUUUACAAUUUUACUUUCUCUCGCCAAUUUCACCCUUUCGAAUAACAAUAACUUAAAGAUUGCUUCCUUUAAUACUGCUCUAGUACCUGGCACACCAGUCAAUGUCAAGAAAAUCAUAGAAACCAUACCAAAAGACCUCGAUGUAGUCUUUCUCCAAGAAGUUUGGCUCCAAUCUCAUUCCCACCUAAUUGCUGAAGAGCUGAAAUCCUCAUAUCCAUACUCCUUCCAUGGACACAAGGAAGUUUUGAAUGAAGCAUCUUGUACGGAUGAUUCAUUCCAUAGAUUCGCUCUUCCUUUCCUUCAUUGUGUCCGUGAAAAUAAUUUGACACUUUCGUGGACAACUUUGGGACCAUGUGCUGAAUUUUUGAGUCGAGCUGCCUAUGGAAAUUUUAAAUGUAUAUCCUGUGUCCUGACAUCUAUCGUUGAGAAUAAGAAUAUGGCCAAUUGUUACACUCCUGGACACACAGGUCAGGAAUUUCUCUAUGACGGCUCCAAUGGAUUGAUGGUUCUGAGUAAGACACCAAUCUCACGUGCCAAUUACACUUCCUAUCCUUCAUUUUUAUUGAGUAGAGGAUUAUUAGAGAUGUGUAUCAAUGGUUUAUAUAUUAUGGAAUCACACUUUCCUUUUAAUUUUGGGAUUGACUUGCCAGUAAUGUAUCAACCAGAGUUUUCUAGGAUGGUUAUCAUGAAGAGACCUAAUAUCUUGGUUGGCGAUUUGAAUAGUGGACCAAUGACGCAACCAGAAGGUUAUGAGACACUUGCUGGAUAUGGAUAUCAGUCAAUUGAUCCAAAUAAGGCAACUUUUUGUGUGAAUGGAUUAAAUUGGGAAAGUGGCGAUUGUUCUGAUGAUCCAGAAAGAAAUACUGGAAUGGAUCAUAUCAUGGUUGAUAAAUUUAGUAGAAUUUUGGAAUGGAAUUUCAAUAAUUCCUUCAAACUCCAAUUAUUUGGAGACUCAACUCCAACUCCGAGUGAUCAUUUGGGUAUCACAACUGAGCUGAAUUAUAAUAUGGCUAGAAAACAUCCAUAUUGUGUCUAA